AUGUGGGUGUUAUCCCCCACCUCCACCUGCUGCCCACCCACUGUGCGCCCAUCCAGAGGUCCUGGACCAUCUACCAUCAGUGCUGCCUUGGGCCGUGCAGUGACGCAUGUGGCAUGGUCCUCAACAACAUUUACAGAUUAUUUGAUAUUCUCUGCUUUACACGACAACUCUUUAAUAUAUCUGACUUUCCUUCAGGCUGAGUUUGAGGAUGUUUUCGGCGAGCCCGAGGGAGUCCGCUCCAUUGACUGCGUUUGGAAGCUGGCCUUCACCUGCUUUAAUCUAUGCAAGGGCCUCUGCUACAAGAUCGCAACCCUCUUAACGGGCAUCUGUAUCGCCAUAGAGCUGGGGUGCACGUUCGCCCAGGUAGCGUACACGCACGUGUGGUUCGUGACCCCGUGCAUGAAGCUGUGCGAAAUCAACUGUGUCCCGUGGAGGAAAUGUUUCUUCAUCUGUAUCGACUGCUGUCUCGGCCCGCUCUGCGAAUCAUGCGGCCUUAUGCUCAGCAAAAUCAAGAUCAGCAAAGCCUAGACGGAGAACUGCAACCUGGGUUCAGAAUUGCAUUGACUUCCAACCGUAUUUUGUCAGUGUGCCAAUUGACUUGAAUGUCUAUGUGAUUCACGUGUAUUUUAUUGUUUUCGUAUCUAACUUUUAUGUAACUCAAUAUAAAAAUGUGUACCGUUUUAAAUAAAAAAAAACUCUUUGCCUAGCCAUGCUUUAGAUAACAAACUCGAUUGUAUACAAUUUUGUAUUUCGCUUCAGUAAUAAGGUCUAUGUUUUAAGAUACUUUAGACAUACAUGUAACUCGGAGGUCAAUACUCAAGAUAUUGUGGAUAAUGUUUACGAACGCGCUUUAUGUUACCCUGAAGUUGCCAAAAUAAAUGAUUUAAAGAAA